AGUACAAAUUACCCGCAGCCGGGAACCUUCGAAUCCAUGAUGUCUCAGAAUCAGGGCUAUAUUCUCGGGGGCCGUAUUCCUUCGAUUGUGAAACUAAAUGUCGGAGGUAUUCACUUUACAACAAGCCUGCAAACGCUAGCAAGAGAUCCCAACUCGAUGCUUGCAACCAUGUUUUCAGGCAGGCAUGAGGUAGAGACUACUGAAGACGGUUCCGUCUUUAUCGACCGAGAUGGAACUUACUUCCGCUUUAUAUUAAAUUAUCUUCGUAACGGAGAACUAAUCUUGCCAGAGGGUGCUACAUUUCUCGAGGAACUUGAAGUAGAAGCCAUGUUUUACCAAGUGCAAGGGUUACUGGAUGAGUUGAAGGUUGUAAGAGCAUUGAAAGUGUUUCAGAAAUCCGUGAUUUUGACAGACCGCAGAGAUUUUCGAAAUGUAUUGAUACGCUGGAUACCUAUGGAGUUUACACUUGCAGGCGAAUGGUGUUUGCUGUUCCGAGCUUCUAGAGAUGGUUUCACUCCUUCAGCGUUUCAUUCGAGAUGCGACAACCAAGGACCUACAGUCACUGUUGUGAAGAGUGAUGGAAACAUUUUUGGAGGCUUCACUGAGAGCGCUUGGGCAGGUAAGACUGAUAAUACUGCUUUUGAUCGUAUAUUCAGUAUAUUAGAGCUGAUUUGCAGCAUACAGAUUUAUACGUUUUAAUGGUUUCGUAUUCCACGACUGCCCAUAAGUCAAAGAUAUAUUUUUUAUUAACAGCACCGACCGAGUCCAUGUACACCGGAUGGCAUUCUGUGAAACGAAGUUAGGUUAUUCUUUCAUGUUACGCUUACGCCAAAUAGAUAUAUCCUUCAUGUAAUAGUAAUAGAUUGUUUAUCUCCCUGUAUACCCUGUAUACCCUGUAUAGCCAUGUACACCCUGUAUACCCAUGUAUACCUUGUAUACCUUGUACACCCUGUAUACCCAUGCAUACCCUGUAUACCCUGUAUACCUUGUAUACCCUGUAUACCCUGUAUACCCAUGUAUACCCUCUAUACUCAUGUAUACCUUGUAUACCCUGUAUACCCAUGUACUCCUUGUAUACCUUGUAUACUCAUGUAUACCCUGUAUACCCUGUAUACUAAUGUAUACCCUGUAUACCCUGUAUACUCAUGUAUACCUUGUAUACCCUGUAUACCUUGUAUACCCAUGUACUCCCAGUAUACCCUGUAUACCCAUGUAUACCCUGUAUACCCAUGUACUCCCAGUAUACCCUGUAUACCCAUGUAUACCCUGUAUACCCAUGUAUACCCUGUAUACCUUGUAUACCUUGUAUACCUUGUAUACCCUGUAUACCCUGUAUACUCAUGUAUACCCUGUAUACCCUGUAUACUCAUGUAUACCCUGUAUACCCUGUAUACUCAUGUAUACCUUGUAUACCCUGUAUAGCUAGUAUACCCAUGUACUCCCAGUAUACCCUGUAUACCCAUGUAUACCCUGUAUACUCAUGUAUACCCUGUAUACUCAUGUAUACCUUGUAUACCCUGUAUACCCUGUAUACCCUGUAUACCCAUGUGCUCCCAGUAUACCCUGUACACCCAUGUAUACCCUGUAUACCCUGUAUACUCAUGUAUACCCUGUAUACUGAUGUAUACCCUGUAUACCCUGUAUACUCAUGUAUACCCUGUAUACCCUGUAUACUCAUGUAUACCUUGUAUACCCUGUAUACCUUGUAUACCCAUGUACUCCCAGUAUACCCUGUAUAUCCAUGUAUACCCUGUAUACCCAUGUAUACCCUGUAUACUCAUGUAUACCCUGUAUACCCUGUAUACUCAUGUAUACCCUGUAUACCCUGUAUACCAAUGUAUACCCGGUAUACCCUGUAUACCCUGUAUACCAAUGUAUACCCUGUAUACCCUGUAUAUCGAUGUAUACCCUGUAUACCCGUGUAUACCCUGCGUUCCAUGUAUACUUAUGUACUCCCUGUAUACCCAUGUUUACACUGUAUACCCUGUGUGCCCGGUAUACCCUGUCUACCCUCAAGUAAAAAAAUCAUGUUUGAUAUACAAAAUAAAUCUUUUAUGUAAACAAUUUAAUAUUGAAAACAAAUCAGUUAAUUUUAUAAAAACCCUUCUGCUUUCCUAUAGUUUUUCAGUACAUUUUAAAAACCACCAAGUCAAUCGGAUAAGUGCAAACAAAAAAACUAAACUUCUUCUCCACCUAUACAAACGAAAAAAAGUACUCUGAAUUCAUUUAGAAAAUCAGGAAUCCUGAACAUAAACGCAUCGCCUUCAAAUUUAAGAUAGGAAAUCACAAAUCUGAAAGAUUUGCAAUCCGCAAAACUCCCGAAGACCUUAGAAUUUGUGAUCACUGCAGUCUAAAUUGUUGAAAAAUAAAUGCACCUAUUAUUUCAUUGUUCCUUAAAUGAUGAUUUGACAAAGUCUCUUUUCACUAAAAUGAAUGACGAAAUACGUUAUUUAGAAAUUAAAAUACUAAUGAUAAAACUGUUUUCUUUUUAAUAUUAAUACUGAUUCGUACAUCUGCAAGCUUACUGCUACCUUCGUCUUUCUAGCAUUUGAGAGACGAAAGAAGCAUAAUGAUAAUAAUAAUCAUAAAAUUAUCCCAUUCUAUUAUAUCUGUAACUCCUUUGCGCGCAAUGUUCGUCUUCUUAUUAUUGUAUUUCAGUGUACCAGUAACACCAUGUUAAAAAAUAGUAAUACUAAAUAAACUUGUUGUUGUUGUUGUUGUAUUCUUUGUAUUUCCUUUAUCUUUCCAUUUUCAAGUGCAAUAUCCUAUAAAUGCGAUAUCCCAGCGACGUCAGUCAUUAAAUCGACAGAUGAUGACAAUAGAGGGUCAUUUGAUAAGGUAGAAUUCGUAGCCCUUUAAUUAUUACUAUUAUAUCAUUUUAUUUAAUUCUACUCAUGUUUCUAGAAAAUUUAUUUUAAUGAGGGAAAUGAUCGCCAGGGUGAAAUUGGAAAUUGUCGAACAAUAUUCUGGGAUUUAAUUUUAGGGAUAUUUAUCCAUUUGUCGUUUAUUGUUGUUUUGGUUCAGUAGUAUUUUAAAUGAAUAAGAUCAAACAACAUCGAUCUAAUAGUUAGCGUUUCAUCAUCGAUUUGUAUAUAUUUACGUUUUACUAACAUUUCAAGGUACUCCAUAAUGUUUUAUCCUCAACGAACUAUUUCAUUAAGGAGGCUGACGACCACCACACCUUUUAGCCUAAAACUGAAUGACGAAUAGUUUCAAAACCCUCGUUAAGAGCUUGCUGCGUUAGCAAGUUUUUAAGACUAAAAGGCUCUUCAUAUUCAAUUCUACUUUCUAAGCCAAACUUUCCUUAUUUCCUCAAACUUCAGUAAACUAGAAUUUCAAACUGUAGUUUGGCAUAAAUUUUCAACCUAGCGAGGUUGCAUCUUGUUCGGAAUCUUGUAUUGUAUUCAACUCUUCAGGACUUUUCAAUUUCUCAAAUUUUUGCAAGAACAAAGAAACCGUACUUAAUUCCACAUUCUUUUAUUUUUUGGGUUCGGUGCAGCUGCAAAACGCCUACUUUUCGCCUACACGAUGGUAUUUGUCUGUGGGAACAUUCUCUAUAUCGUCUGCAAUAAAUAGAGCUGCAGUGUUUUAGUCACUUGAAUUUCCACCCUUGAGCUGAACCGACUAUCAAGAAUACUGGAAGCUUAACUGACAACCGUACGUCCUACUUUGGACCCACUUUAACGAUCUGUCCCGUAGAAAAAUUGUCUAGAUAUUUAAACAGAUUCCUCCAAUCCUGAGUAUCAGAUGAAAUAUGUGGACAGCAGUGAAGAGUGAUAUGUUAGCUCGGAGGUUAACCUCGGUUUAUCUGUCAACUUGUGUUCUUCCCAGGGGAAUUCUUAUUGAUUUUUCAUAGCAGUAACAGUUGUAUUAGUUGGGAACAAAAACCCAGAAAGGUACAGAAAAGAGUGAUAACACAAUUCACCCAGAAAUAGGCAUAUUGCUCGUCAAACUACCCCAUUCCAUACACUCUAGGCCACGUAAGAGAGGCUAUAUGUAACCCGCAAAGGAUACGCGAGGACAAACUGGUCAGUGUGUACGUACUCUUAUCAUAGUUAGUAGAGGAGACUGAUUAGGAAACCCGGCAAACAUCAAAGUUGAAAACAAUGGUGCUGUGGGUCAUGUUGGAAGCACCCUGACCGUGCACAAUCCUUUGUUUUCUUUUCACAAAUUAUCAAUGAAGAAAUUCAUGCAAUGUUUCUAUUGGUCAAAAACUUCCAAAUGAUAGGAAUGCUAUUGAACGUUGUGCACGGUCAGGUCCAAAAAAGCCAACAAAAACCUAUAACAAAGGGUUUCCCAACCAUUCCACUUUAAUUAACUACGCUCUUAUAGAGGAACAAAAGAAGAAAUUAAGUGAGUUAUUUAACGAUAUCGAUGGUUUACAUUUUUAUUAUUUUGUUACAAUUUAAAUACAUUUGCGAAUCAUUGUAUCCCGAAAUGAAUUAUGAUAUAACAAAAUGUCGGAGUGGAAUGUCGAAUUAAUGCAAUACAAAAUUAUGUCUACUCAGUGGAGGCAACAUAGACUAUCCUACAUUAAAAACCCUGAUUAAUAUAACGCGAACUUUUAUAAGUUAUUUAAAGGAGCUACGUCAUGGUUUGUGCGUAUUGAAAAACUUAUCCCAAUUUUUUUCAAGUUCGUCAUUUGCAACCCACGUCAAUCUUCUCCAUCCUUGACCAUCCUCGUAUCUUUCUGGCUUAUUUUUUCCUCCUUAGUGUUUGUCAGCCUAUCAAACUGGAAUUUUACGGUUUCCUUCUAUUUAAAAGGUAAUUUUCUAUGUAACAAAAACUACUUGUAAUGUUGUGACGUAACUCGUUUAACUAACAUCACAUUUCGGUAUUUUCCACAAGGUUUAAUGUGACAAUUAAAAAAUGCGUUUCCUAGCUACUACAGAAUUCCGUUUCUAUCAUUGUUUUCUUUGGAAAAGGAUCUUAAUAUCGUUAGGUCACAUUCAUGUCCAUAACCGCUUGAUAACAUUUUUAAGGAAGGAAAUGGCCUCUAGUUACACCAAUUACAGCAAUAGAACAUUGAAGCUUACAAAUGUCGCGGAGGACUUCGGUGUCCGGAAGCCAGAAAUAAUUUUACUUUAAGUAUCAAAUAUGCAGAUAGAGAAAUGUUUUCUGUAUGUAUGUCUAUAUUCAAGAAAAUAAGAAAUUCUUCGUAAUAACAGCUGGAUUUGUGUUGUAUUUAGUCCCAGAGUAUGUAUGUCUAUAUUCAAGAAAAUAAGAAAUUCUUCGUAAUAACAGCUGGAUUUGUGUUGUAUUUAGUCCCAGAGUUCUGCAAGGUGCAAUGGCGUCAUAGUCAUCCUGAUGAAUGGCGUUGGCUUCCCUUCCGCACCUCAGAUGAAAUGUCCAAUCACUGAAAAGAUAACAAAAAUGGCCAUUUCCUCAGAAACAUCUCUAAUUGUAUACUUGAGCGUAUUACUAUGUUUGGUUGCAGAGAAACCAAUAUUGAAAUAGUCUAUUUUUUGUGACUGUUUACUUAUCAAAAUGCAAAUUGAUUCUGUUUAACUUCCUCUACUUCUACUUUACGAAAUGUUAUGUCUGCGUACUGGCCACUGUUCAUGACAUCUCAUCCAUUUAUAUGGUCAUAAAUGUUUUUCUUCUGAAAAAGAUCCAUCUUUUCGUAAGCAGUAAUACGAUUCCAAACUUAGAUCGUAAUUCUAUCUCAGCAAAUUACCUUAGAGGUGUUCUUCCUUGAUCGUUUGGCAGGCAGAUUCUGUUCUUUUUCAGUAAGCGAGUCCUUUAGGCUAUCCAGUAUAUUUCCUGUAUUAACGAGACGAUACAAUCUGGGUUAGAUAUACCCCUACAUGGAAAACUUAACCAAGUUACGAUGAAAAAACAUUAAUUUUAAAAUCAAGCAAUGUAAGACACGCGGGACUAGUGCCAAGCACUUUCGCACUUAAACAGUUUUGGCCUGCAGACAAUCGUAUUUUUUUUAACUAAAGUGUCACCAUUCACUAUUAUGCACUAUUUUUUAUUCAAUUAGCUUUUAUACCUCUCCUUGUUUUUUUUUUAGAGCCAGAUGGUUUGUUUUGUUUGUCCAUGGUUUCUGCUUCUACAGGAAAAAAGGAAAAAAAAGAACGAAGGAAGGGUGAAGAAAUUUAAAUUAAAGUAAAAAACACGGUGAUUAAAAUAUCGUGGAAGCAAAUAACAUAAAUGUCACCGUAAUAAUUGAGGGACUGGAACCUACAAAUGAAGCUUUUCGUAGUAUUAUGUAAAUUAAUAGUGUCAUAACUCUAUUCUCACCUUUUACUGCAUUUACUAACAAGAUAUCAUCAAGCUCCUAAAACAGACAGAAAUUUAUACUCCUGUUAAAAUCCAAUAUGGUUCACCUUUGGGUACGCCUAUGGCAGAAAAACUGGACCUAACACCACUUUUCUUUUAAAACGAACAAACAAACAAAAAACAUUUACCAUUUCCUCUCCUUUGUUUUCCUCUACGACAAUUGGAUCAAAGGAAUUCGAACCUAACAAAAAAAAAUCAACUGAGCGCCGUUUUUGAUCAAUCAUAAUUACAGCAUUCCUAUGGGGACAACAAAAUUUCUAUUCUUACGUUUACCUUUGAAAAGCAUUAUGUAUACACUCAUUACUGUUAUUAAACAUAACUAUUAUGUAUUUCAAUAUUAAUUCUAUACCCGUUUCAAUGUUGUCUUCUGGUGCUUGGUUGAUAGUAACAGCGGGUGUAUCAUCUGAAGUAGAAACAAUAUUUCAUAUACUGUUAUAUACUGUUUUUAAACAUAACUACUACGUAUUUCAAUAUUAAUUCUAUACCCGUUUCAAUGUUGUCUCCUGGUUCUUCGCUGAUAGUAAUAGCGGUUGUAUCAUCUGAAGUAGAAAGAAUAGAACAAUUGAAAGCGCGAAAUGGCUCAUCCCCAGUCACUGAUAUCCCAUUAACGUACAAACGUAAACGUGAUUAAUAUGAUGGUGUAAACCUGAAAGUCUACAUUAUGACCUCUUAAACAACGUUUUAGCUAAUAAUUUGUUUCUAAAGUUUUAUGGACGGUCAUUCCAAACGUGGCUUUUAGAAAUAUAAUCUAAAUCAGAAAAAUGCUAUUGUUUGAUUUCUCCUCCCAAACUCAUCACCACAUUGUCAAAAGCUAAAAAUUUUAAGAAAAAUGGUCACGUGACACACAACGUGACGUAAUUUAAGAUAAACAGUUCUUCAAAAUGUUAAGGAGGAUGACACCUUUCUGUGUACCAGAUAUCGAUUCACUACCAUCUUCCUUGCCAAAGUUAUAGCCAAUAAAGCAUUUUUCCACAGUAAGCUUAUACCCAGGCCUUAAACUAGUUGAGUUUCAUGAAGAGACCAGUGCAAUGCAACUUGAAAUAGGAAAAAUACACUCUUUGGAACUUAAUAUUUACAGGUGAACGCGACCUCUUAAUACAGACCUGUUGAAUGCAGGUGUCACACACAUCUCUGGCGCUGUGCAUGGCAGGUUUAUUCAGACAGAUUUACAGUCAUGUCCACUCGCCCAGUUUUUUUGUUUUGAUCACUUCAAAAUACGAGGACAUAACACAUUCAUGGUAAUUUAUAAACGUGUUUCCGCGCAUGUACCGGAUGCGCUUCAGUGAAGUGUUUUCACUCAAUGACUGAUUAGUUAUGUCAAUAGUUUCGAUCUUCCUUUAAUUUAAUUAAUUGCGUGAUUAUUAUUAAUUUACCUUCGCAUUCAUCUGAAACUUUCAUGCCUUGAGCAAUUCGCUUCAGAGAAGCUGGCAAGAGAUGUUCGGGUAGUCCCAAUGCCCUAAGAAACUGGGUCCUACCAACGACGUCUACACCUUUCAUUAUCUGCAAAAAUUUGUAUUGAAGAUUAGACAUCGAGCUGGGAUUGGCAUACGUAAUCGUUCGCCAUGAAAACGGAACUAAUCAGUCUAACGUACAGUGAAAACCGUGCUGUUCUACUUAACUUCCUGUGACCAAUUCUUACCCCGCAUGCACAGGUUGUAUGGUUACAAGAGAGAUAUUCUCUCUUGAUGGUUAUCAAUAAACAUGUUACCUUAAAAUGAUCUUCGUCGGAUUCUGGACUCAAAAACCUUUGACGGGUUUUGUAUGGCGUCAGCUGCACCUGGUUACCAAUGGCAGAUUCCAUUUGUUGAAUGCAUCUUUUGUCGUUAGGACUGCCCACAGCCGCAUUUAGAAAGUUGAGGGAAAGACAGAUACAAUCCACUCCUUGUAUUUUUAUUUUUCUGCAAACGUAUUACACCUACGAGAGAAAAAAAGUACAGUUUUGAUGACGAUGUUAGGGUUAACCCUAAUCAUUACGCUACAAAGGAAAUAAAUAACAUGUUUUACCAUUUUCUAUGGAAUGGUGAAGGUGACAAAAUCAAGAGAAAAGUUAUGAUCAAUGAACCUGAGUAUGGAGGUCUGAAGAUGCUUGACCUUUAUUCUUUCAACAAAUCUGUUAAAACAACAUGGGUUAAAAAGUACUUGGACACUACUAAAAACGGAAAAUGGAACGUUAUCUUUGAUCUAUAACUGGAGAACUACGGCCGCGAUCUCAUUUUCCGUGGUAAUCUCAACCGUUGAGACUCAACGUCUCUGACACUAUGAAAGAGAUUAGGGCAACGGACCCCGUAACCAAAGAAAAAUUGGAAUAUUGGAAAGAAAUUAACUUUGUGGAUAAAGUAAGUUCUGAUAUCGCUUUUCAAGAACAGGUUCUGUGGUUCAACUCUUUAGGAUAGAUAAUGAACAAUUUCUUUUUUAAAGAGUGGUUUGAAGUAAGUGUCUCCAAAGUUAAACACGUCCAGACGGGAAACGGUAAUUUUCUGACUCUCAAAGAUUUUGCCUCCAAACAUGAUUUAAGAGUACGCCCGCUCAGUUUUUACGGUUUACUAUCAGCUGUUCAACGCAUUCGCAAAAAUGUUACCGAUACUGCUGAGACAAAAGACUAUAACUUUGAAACACUGAGUGAAAACUGAAUUGUUAAAAGAGAAAAGCUAGGUCCAUUAAUUUACCAAAAACUGACCAGAGCCAAUAGUUUAACCGCACGUAAAAGCCAACUAAAAUGACUUCAAGACUGUAACUACUCAGACGAAGAAGGAACAUUUAACUGUGAACUUGCCUAUUUUAUGGCGCAAAGUACGGUGCGCAAAAAGCACCAAACUGAUAGAGUUCCAAUUUAUACUAUUACAUAGGAGCAUACCAACCAAUUAUUUCUGACUUAAAAUAAGACGAAAAGAAAAUGACAUAUAUGCCUUUUGCAACAAUUCCUCAGAGACGCUAAUUCAUCUUUUUUGGUCUUGCCAUGUUACAUCCUUUUUAGAAAAACGUAACCGAAUGACUUAAAAACGCUCUUCCGUUAAUUGGCAAAUACGACUUAUUGGACAUUACUGCACUGGGCUUGAGCCUCGUUCUACAUAAUACUCGUGUCAACUAAACUACUGUCUCCUGUUAUCACGGUUUCAUAUUUGGCAAGCCAAAAUGGAUGAAAUAUCACGUAAUUUGGCAAAUUUUCUACCCCUGAUUAAUUCAAGAUCUAUUAUCUAUUUGUAAUGUUUUGCGCGUACUAAUUAGUAAUUGCAUUUAAUAACUAGAUAUAACUGACUGAUAGUAUAAAAUGUAUACAGGGUAUACAUUUUGUACAUGACUAUACAGGGUAUACAGACAGUACCUGGGUAUACAGGGUAUCUAUGGGUAUACAUGGGUAUACAGGGUAUACAUGGAGUACAGGGUAUACACGGUAUACAUGGGUGUACAUGGGUAUACAGGGGUAUACAGUGUAUACAAGGUAUACAUGGGUAUACAGGGUAUACAUGAGUAUACAGGGUAUACAGGGUAUACAAGGAGUACAUGGGUAUACAGGGUAUACAAGGUAUACAAGGAGUACAUGGGUAUACAGGGUAUACAUGAGUAUACAGGGAGUACAUGGGUAUACAAGGUAUACAGGGUAUACAUGGGUAUACGAGUAUACAGGGUAUACAUGGGUAUACAGAGUAUACAAGGUAUACAGGGUAUACAGGGUAUACAUGGGUAUACAGGGUAUACAAGGUAUACAGGGUAUACAUGGGUAUACAGGGUAUACAAGGUAUACAGGGUAUACAUGGGUAUACAGGGUAUUCAUGAGUAUACAGGGUAUACUGGGAGUACAUGGGUAUACAUGGUAUACAUGAGUAUACAGGGUAUACAGGGUAUACGAGGUAUACAUGAGUAUACAGGGUAUAGUGGGAGCACAUGGGUAUACAGGGUAUACAUGAGUAUACAGGGUAUACAGGGUAUACAUGAGUAUACAGGGUAUACAGGGUAUACAUGAGUAUACAGGGUAUACAGGGUAUACAUGAGUAUACAGGGUAUACAGGGUAUACAUGAGUAUACAGGGUAUACAGGGUAUACAUGAGUAUACAGGGUAUACAGGGUAUACAUGAGUAUACAGGGUAUACAGGGUAUACAUGAGUAUACAGGGUAUACAGGGUAUACAUGAGUAUACAGGGUAUACAGGGUAUACAUGAGUAUACAGGGUAUACAGGGUAUACAUGAGUAUACAGGGUAUACAGGGUAUACAUGAGUAUACAGGGUAUACAGGGUAUACAUGAGUAUACAGGGUAUACAGGGUAUACAUGAGUAUACAGGGUAUACAGGGUAUACAUGAGUAUACAGGGUAUACAGGGUAUACAUGAGUAUACAGGGUAUACAGGGUAUACAUGAGUAUACAGGGUAUACAGGGUAUACAUGAGUAUACAGGGUAUACAGGGUAUACAUGAGUAUACAGGGUAUACAGGGUAUACAUGAGUAUACAGGGUAUACAGGGUAUACAUGAGUAUACAGGGUAUACAGGGUAUACAUGAGUAUACAGGGUAUACAGGGUAUACAUGAGUAUACAGGGUAUACAGGGUAUACAUGAGUAUACAGGGUAUACAGGGUAUACAUGAGUAUACAGGGUAUACAGGGUAUACAUGAGUAUACAGGGUAUACAGGGUAUACAUGAGUAUACAGGGAGUACAUGGGUAUACAAGGUAUACAGGGUAUACAUGGGUAUACGAGUAUACAGGGUAUACAUGGGUAUACAGAGUAUACAAGGUAUACAGGGUAUACAGGGUAUACAUGGGUAUACAGGGUAUACAAGGUAUACAGGGUAUACAUGGGUAUACAGGGUAUACAAGGUAUACAGGGUAUACAUGGGUAUACAGGGUAUUCAUGAGUAUACAGGGUAUACUGGGAGUACAUGGGUAUACAUGGUAUACAUGAGUAUACAGGGUAUACAGGGUAUACGAGGUAUACAUGAGUAUACAGGGUAUAGUGGGAGCACAUGGGUAUACAGGGUAUACAUGAGUAUACAGGGUAUACAGGGUAUACAUGAGUAUACAGGGUAUACAGGGUAUACAUGAGUAUACAGGGUAUACAGGGUAUACAUGAGUAUACAGGGUAUACAGGGUAUACAUGAGUAUACAGGGUAUACAGGGUAUACAUGAGUAUACAGGGUAUACAGGGUAUACAUGAGUAUACAGGGUAUACAGGGUAUACAUGAGUAUACAGGGUAUACAGGGUAUACAUGAGUAUACAGGGUAUACAGGGUAUACAUGAGUAUACAGGGUAUACAGGGUAUACAUGAGUAUACAGGGUAUACAGGGUAUACAUGAGUAUACAGGGUAUACAGGGUAUACAUGAGUAUACAGGGUAUACAGGGUAUACAUGAGUAUACAGGGUAUACAGGGUAUACAUGAGUAUACAGGGUAUACAGGGUAUACAUGAGUAUACAGGGUAUACAGGGUAUACAUGAGUAUACAGGGUAUACAGGGUAUACAUGAGUAUACAGGGUAUACAGGGUAUACAUGAGUAUACAGGGUAUACAGGGUAUACAUGAGUAUACAGGGUAUACAGGGUAUACAUGAGUAUACAGGGUAUACAGGGUAUACAUGAGUAUACAGGGUAUACAGGGUAUACAUGAGUAUACAGGGUAUACAGGGUAUACAUGAGUAUACAGGGUAUACAGGGUAUACAUGAGUAUACAGGGUAUACAGGGUAUACAUGAGUAUACAGGGUAUACAGGGUAUACAUGAGUAUACAGGGAGUACAUGGGUAUACAAGGUAUACAGGGUAUACAUGGGUAUACGAGUAUACAGGGUAUACAUGGGUAUACAGAGUAUACAAGGUAUACAGGGUAUACAGGGUAUACAUGGGUAUACAGGGUAUACAUGGGUAUACAGGGUAUACAUGGGUAUACAUGGGUAUACAGGGUAUACAAGGUAUACAGGGUAUACAGGGGUAUACAGAGUAUACAGGGGUAUACAGAGUAUACAGGGUAUACAGGGUAUACAUGAGAAUGGACAUUCUAUUACUGUUAUAUGAAACAGUAGGUUAUUUGGCGUAAGCGUAACAUGAAAGAAUAACCCGAAGUUACCUGCCAUGCUGCCGAGCAUUUCUGUUCAGCUUAGUCAACCCGAGUGGUCUGGGACCGACCAAAAUGCCGCUAAUUAAUGGGAGGGAACAGUUUGCUAUCAUUAGUUAUUAUGACUGUGGACCAGUGUUUGGUCAAGGGCAAGACCUAUGCGUAUUAAGACAAAAUGCACACAGGCGUGGAGGCAGCACUCUUGGCGGAACCUAUCAGUGCCCACCAGGACAACAGAAGGAGUUUUUUACUGGCAGCAGUGAUUUCACCAUCACAGAUGUCAAAGUGUUUGGACUUCAUAGGUGA